UAUCGGACGCGGUUCCGGCCGGCCUAUAAGAUCGCCUAUAAGACGGUGACAGACCUGGAGUGGAGGUGUUGCCCUAGUUACCAGGGACCAGACUGCUCUGAGCUGAAGGCUGCUCCUAACAGACAGACGGUACCAGCAGGGUCACAGCCUUACCAGAACCAGUACCCUAACAGACAGACGGUACCAGCAGGGUCACAACCUCACCAGAACCAGUACCCUAACAGACAGACGGUGCCAGCAGGGUCACAGCCACACCAGACCCAAAACUCUGGGGCAGCACCACACUACCCCCAGACCAGAUCCAUCCCUGAACAGACCAGACACACACAGAGUAAGAUACUUGACAACAUAACAUGUUGCUGCUGUCUCAAUCCACUUUUUAGAGAUGGAUUUGAAAAGUAUAUGAAGUGUGUUAGUGUGUUGUAUUGACUUAACUGUGUCUUGUGUCCUCUGUCUCAGGGCCAGAGAGGAGGGAGACGGGGGUGUAUGAGGGGAGGCAUGGGGGUGGAGGAGCAGACAGAGACAGGGUGCGUCUCCUGGAGGGGGAGGUGCAGCGCCUCUCCCAAACAGUGGGGGCGCUGCAGGCUGCGGUGACUGGGCUGAGCUCCACUCUGAGGACUGACCUGCAGGAGGACACCUCCAAGAUGCUGGUCACCCUGCUCAACAACCUCCGCCCUCUGACCCCCGACAGUGCCCACGUCCCCGACAUAGAGCAGGCCGCAGUACCGCCGGACAACCACCAGGGGUCAGUGAUCGACGGGCACCAGGCCACCAGGGGGCCUGUCCUGGACAGGGGGCUGGAGAAGGUCCUGGCCAGGUUGGAUGAUGUCAACACCUCUCUGAAGAGUAAAGAGGAGGCUCUGGAGGAGCUGAGAGGAACCGUGACCUCACACAGCGGUCAUAUCCGCCUGCUGCUGGAUGCCUCUCAGACACAGCAAGGCCCUGACUCUAACCCUGUGGGGGGUGGAGCCCCCGCUGACCUGGAGGAGCUACUAGAGAAAUACAUGGACAGGCAGCUGGGCUCCCUGAGGAAGAACAUGGAGGACAGCAUGGAGAGAAUGAUGGAGGAGAGGAUGGGGAAGGAGGUGGAGAAGCUGCAGAGCUCCUGUGAUGGAAGGAUCCAGUCGAUGGAGAGGAGGUGUGAGGAGGAGCGGGAGAGAGGACUGCUCAGUCUGACUGAAAUGGUGGACAAGGAGGAGCAGCUAAAGGAGGAGAUCAGGGAGUUGAGACUGGACAUCACCGCCUCUGACCAGCCCGGACGGACACUCAGACAGACUGACCCCAAACCUAAUGUUAGACAGACUGAUCCCAAACCUAGCCUUAGACAAACUGUCCCUGCAAGACAGACCGUCCUGGCUAGACAGGAUAACCAGCCACCAGGUAUCCUACCAGCUGUCCAGCGUGGUGACCUAUCUGACCUGUGGAGGGAGCUGGAGCGUGUUGCGGAGGCCCAUCGCAUCCUGAAUGCCCGAAUGGACAACGAAAUGCAGUACCUGUCCCCUCCACAGGGGGAGCUAGAGGGAAAGGGGUUAGCGCUAGAGGGGGAGGGGUUAGGACUAGAGGGAGAGGUGGGGUCUCGGCUGGAUGAGUUGGAGGCGCGUCUGAAUGUGACAGAGCAGAACGCGGAGGUCCACUGUUUCUACGUGGAGGAGAAGCUGACCCGGGCACUAGCCGAGCAGGGGGCGGAGCUACGACAGCUGCUGGAGGAACGAGUAAACGCACUGGAGGACCAGUUUACCACCAUGCUGGUCGAGAUGAACAACGGGUCAUAUCCUGUUGAAGAAGGAGGGAGCGUGGACCCUCAGGUACUGUAGGUAGACAAGUAGGGUAGAGGAGGACCAGUUUUAAGAAAGUUGUUGGUUUUAAUCCCAGACCUGGUGAUAGAAAGUGGGAGAUGAACUGGCAAACGGAGGGCUGCUGGUCUCAGAUCCCAGGUACCAUCUCCAGCCGUUGUGCCCUCGAGGGGCGCUGCACUGUACAUGGCAGUGUGUUUGUGUGUUAUGUGUCCAUGGUAACUGAUUCUGUCUUGUUCUCCCCUGCAGGCUGAGCUGAACAACAACAAGGUUCUUCUGCAGGGUCUGGAUGACAAGGUGACCGCUGUGGCUGAGCUCUGUGCUACCAGCUGUGGUGGAGGACCUAACACUGGUGGCUUUACCAACACCAACCCUGGAGCGUCCUCCCACCCUGUAGUUCUGGACAGUGUGGUGAAGGACCUGAAGCUCUGUCGUAACGACCUGGAUAUCCUCCACACGGAUGUGACGGCCAACUCUGACAAACUGAGCGAGCUGGAGGAGAUUAUAGACAGGCAAAUGGCGGGGCAGCAGCGGAGCAUUAAGACGGUGGAGGACCUCCAGAGGGGGAUGGUGAUCCUGCAGGACAACAUGGGGGGUCUGGGGGUGGCAGUUACGGGGCUGGGGGACUCUCUGAGCAAGUACACCCAGGACCUCAACAGCAUUAACACCACCUACAACACCUGCUGCCAGGUUGGGGCUGGAGCAAGGGCCGGGUCAGGGGGAGGGUUAGCCAGGAUCCAGAGUGUGUCUGAGGGUGUAAUGGUCCCCAGAGAAGAGGGGGAGGGCAGCAGCAGCAGCCAGGUGGAGGAGCUGAGAACCAAACUGGACAGCCUCACUAACCAGGUAGUUAUCUAGUAGUCCGUUAUCUAGUAGUCUGUUAUCUCCCUAACCAGGUAGUUAUCUAGUAGUCUGUUGUCUCACUAACCAGGUAGUUAUUUAGUAGUCUAGUGGUCAGUUAUUAGUUAGUGGUUAACACUGUUAUCUGUCUUGUUAUCUUGUUACAAUUUCAUUGAGAUCCCAAAAUAUUUUGAUUGCUCUUCUUCUUCUUUUUAGGUGCAUACAGAGCUCCAGCGUUGCUCUGGUGUGUCUGGGGUGGAGGGUCGUGUCCAGCGUCUGGAAAAGGUGUGUGUUCAGCUGGACGGGGUGUCGGCCGGCGUGCAGGGGGUGAAGGAGGGGUUGGAGAAGCACGUUGCUGGGCUUUGGCACCACGUCAGCCGGGUCAACACCAUGCUGGACAGACAGGCUACUGACAUCACCACACUACAGACCUCCCUAAAGACACUACAGACCAGGAGCACUGACACCACCGCCAGGGAG